UCAAAUUGAAAUAUAUUCUUUUGCGUUCUCAUCCUUUUUGUCUUCAGCUGCAGACAUUAGACUCCUGUUCGGACACUACAUAUCAGGAUGAUUCAUAAUCAACACCCUCAUCCAUCCCAUACCCACUUAAACACUCAUGUUACCACUAAUCACCAUUUGCAAGUGGAACAUUCGCCAUUACAAACUUCUGGGCCAUAUCCGCUCAAAGAUAACUCUCAAACCCAGCAAAAUCCACUCGACUUUACCUCAACCUCACAACCUACUGGUAUAGGUUAUCACAAUCCUACCUCUUUUAUCCAAACCAACACUUUCAGGCCAUCUAAGCUCAAACAAAUUAACCCACACAAAGUCAUUGAUCCACGUACACGAGCAAAACUUGGUCUGGAUCCACAGCAAACUAGCAAUGCCAUUCCAAAAGGACUUGCUCAUGAUAAAAACAAUACUCAUGCCACCCCAUGGGCAUCUGCUCACUUGCUUCCUCAGUAUCCAAGCAAGGCUGCUGCUUCAUCUCAAAUUUUGGACCAUCCAACAUUGCAUUCAUCACGUCUAAUUCAAUUACAGAUGAAGGCCGUUUCCCAACACAUGUUUGAUCCUGUUCAAGCCAUGGCAACAGUAAUCUUGGAUGCGCCUGACGAUACCCGAGAAAUUAUGCGCAGGAUUACUUCCAAAUCCUUGAAUUCAAGCUUAAAAUCAACACAGUAUUCAAAUUUGGUUCAAAUCAACAACUCGAGCAAUUUGAAAAAAGAAACCAAUGAAAAUAGCUGUAACGAUUUACAUUUGGAUUCUGGCUCUAUCUACAAAUCUCGAGACCAUGGUAAUAUAAUCCAAACUAAAAAAAUUCCUAGAGCUAAAAAAGCUGUAAAUAAAACGUGGCUGGCCUCCAUGGAUAAAAAUCCAAAUGCAUCAGAUUUUAAGCCCGCUCACUUGGAAGUGGAUACAAUAUCGCUUCCAUAUCCUGAAUUGAGAGACAAUCCAUUUUUACUGCCACUAACUAAUGAAUAUGUUAAACCCGUCAUUGCUUCGAUGGAUGUUAAUUUAGAAGAUUAUCGACUUUCAAAAUUACUUGCCAAACCAGUUUGGUUUAGUGAUUUUGAUUUGAACCUACACAAGCCACAACAGCCAGAUUUAUCAUCUGUGCCUUAAAUUUGUAUACUCUGACACGACGAAUACUUAUAAUAAAGAUGCAGCCAUGAUAAUC